GAACACAUUAUUUCAAAAAAAAAAGUAUAAAAUUUUAUUUUUCCGACAAAAAAAAUAUAAGUAGUUGAAAUUAAAUAAUCGAAAAUGUAUUCUGGAAAAAAGAAACGUUAUUCAAGAAGCGAGGCAGGAAAUUCGCCUCUAGCCGUCAAUAAUCCACAUUCAAAAUGGAAUCGUAAUGUGCCCAAACAAGUGCAGUUUGAGGAUAGUGACAACGAUUUUGAGAUGGACGACUAUCAGGCCCUAGGCACCGCUAGGCACUAUAAAGUAUUGGAUAUAUUGAACAAGACAAAUCGCUUGGGCUAUCCGUCAGAGGAUGGCGAAAUAAUUAGUGAUAUUAGCGAUUCGGAAUCUUUAGAACAUAUCAAUCCACCGUUGAAAGUGAUGCCGCGGAUUCGUAUGCACAGUCAAAAGGAAAGUCAUCGCACUAAGCCCAGUGGCACUCGCCAAAUUGCCCGGAAGAUAGUGCAAUGCCUAGUCGAAUAUCCUCCAAUAAAGCCCAAGGCCAAGAUAUUGCGCCGCGUGCCACUCAAGUGUGAGAAACACUUUAAGAAAUUGAACAAGCUCAUUGCUCGUGGAUGUAAACCACCCAAGGUGCUACUGAAUCCAGCACCGGUUUUUACUUAUAUGAACGACCAUAUCGUCGAGCUCUUUGGCAUACUUUCUUUACUAUUUAUAACAGCAUUAUUGCUUCUAAGCUAUAUGUACUGCAAGCCUCGCAAGCUCUCGUUCUUUGAUCGUCUGUUGCGCUUGAUUAUUUAUUAUAUUUAUAAUAAUUCUUGUUAUGAUCGUAGUUACUUCUAGGCCUAUCUGUAAAAUUUUGAUGGU